AAACCCUGUGCCGUAAGCAGCCAUCUUGGAUAGACAGAUCAUACUUGAGCCAGGAUAACCUGCAUACCUCCUGUGAACAGCUCAAAGCGCAAAAGACUUAAUAUCUGAGCCACAAUGGCCACCGCACCGUACAACUACUCCUACAUUUUCAAAUACAUCAUUAUCGGGGACAUGGGGGUAGGGAAGUCAUGUUUGCUUCACCAGUUCACAGAAAAGAAAUUCAUGGCUGACUGCCCUCAUACUAUUGGCGUGGAGUUUGGUACGAGGAUAAUCGAAGUAAGCGGGCAGAAGAUCAAGCUCCAGAUCUGGGACACAGCAGGACAAGAGCGCUUCAGGGCCGUCACCCGCUCCUACUACCGCGGGGCCGCAGGGGCGCUUAUGGUCUACGACAUCACCAGGAGAAGCACGUACAACCAUCUCAGCAGCUGGCUGACUGAUGCCAGAAACCUCACCAACCCCAAUACUGUGAUCAUUCUCAUAGGAAAUAAAGCCGACUUGGAGGCCCAGAGGGAUGUUACGUAUGAGGAAGCGAAGCAGUUUGCCGAGGAGAACGGUUUGUUGUUCUUGGAAGCCAGCGCAAAAACAGGUGAAAACGUUGAGGACGCCUUCCUGGAAGCCGCUAAGAAGAUCUACCAGAAUAUCCAAGAUGGCAGCCUGGACCUGAAUGCUGCCGAGUCGGGGGUUCAGCAUAAGCCCUCGGCCCCUCAGGGCGGCCGGAUAACAAACGAACCACAGCCCCAGAGGGAAGGCUGCGGCUGCUAAUGACCAAGCAAAAAGCCCCUUUGCCCCAUUUCUCCCACUGUCUGUCUGUCCCCCCCCCCUUUCCUGUCCUGCCAAUCCCCUCCAUUCCAUCCACCACCUCCAUGCAUUCACACCCCAUCCCCUCCCACUGCACCAGGUGCUGCGUGAGAGCAGGGCUGCGGAGGGAAGGAACAGAGGGGGGUGAAUAUCGACUUGGGCCAGGCUGAGCUGGGCUUUGUGGACUACAUCUCCCCCUUCUCCUCCUCUUCCUCCUCUUCUUUAAUCU